AUGGGGAAGGGCGGGCGGAAGCAGGCGCGCCGGUCCGCGUUCCACAUCCGCGUCGACGAGGAGCCCCACGCGAAGCGGCGCACGGAGAUGCUCAAGAAGUACCCCGAGAUCAAGAAGCUCUACCGCUUCGAGCCGCGCACGAAGUACAUCGCCGGCGCGACGGUGGCCCUCCAGCUCGCCAUGGCCGUGGGCACGCGCCGCUGGGGCUGGUUGCCGUGGCUCGCGGCCAUCUACGUCGUCGGCGCGACGGCGAACCACAGCCUCUUCCUCGCGAUCCACGAGCUCGCGCACAACCUGGGCGCCAAGUCCGUCGCGGGCAACCGCUACAUCGCCAUGAUGGCGAACAUCCCCAUCUGCAUCGCGUACAGCGUGACGUUUAAGCCCUACCACAUGGCGCACCACCGGAACCAGGGCACGCUCGGCGUCGACACGGACAUCCCCUCGGCCAUCGAGGGGUUGUUAGUGACGGGCACGGCGCUGAACUACUGGGACCACUCGGCGCGGAAGGCCGUCUUCAUGUUCUUCCAGAUCUUCGGCUACGCUCUCAGACCCAUGUUCACGAAGCCCGACCUCGUGCCCUUCGACAAGUGGAUCGCGACGAACUGGGCCAUCUGCCUCACCUGCGACGCGCUGCUCGUCGCCGCCUACGGCACGACGCCCCUCUUCUACCUGCUGCUGUCCACGUUCUUCGCGGGGUCGAUCCACCCGACGGCGGGCCACUUCAUCUCGGAGCACUACGUCAUGGACGGCACGGCGGAGACCUACUCCUACUACGGCGUGCUCAACUACCUCACCUACAACGUGGGCUACCACAACGAGCACCACGACUUCCCCGCGAUCCCCUGGAGCCGGCUGCCGCUCGUGAAAGAGAUCGCGCCCGAGUACUACGACCACCUGCCGCAGUGCUCGAGCUGGCCGGGGACGAUCCUGCGCUACAUCUUCGACGACACCAUCUCGCCCUACUCGCGCAUGACCAAGGACCCGUCCAAGGUCACGGGCAAGGAGUGGUGA